UCAGAGAGCCAAUCAGAGUCGGGCAAGCCCGUGGCCACUGCGGCUGCAGGCCGACCUGUUUCCUCUGUGAUUGGGCGAGCCUCCUGACAAUCAGGGCGGAGCCAGCGAAGGCUCGGCCAAUAGCAGGAGGCGGCUAGGUCAGCAGCCCUGCGACUAGCUGUAGGCGCGGUGGUCGUUAGGCUGUUUGGGAGGCUGCACCCACGACACCCUACCUGCGCGCAGGCCCUCGGCGUCUGGCGCCCACCGGCGGCCCAUCUCGUCAUGUCAGGCCCCGCUUGGCUUUAGUUCUCCAGGCCUCCGCCCACCCGCCUACCCGAAGCCGCGCCCACCGCCCAGAGCCAGAGGGAUGGUGGUAGUCACCGGGCGGGAGCCAGACAGCCGUCACUCGGACGGUGCCAUGUCCAGCUCCGAAGCCGAAGACGACUUCCUGGAGCCGGCCACUCCUACGGCCACGCAGGCGGGGCACGGGCUGCCCCUGCUGCCCCAGGAGUUUCCUGAGGUCGUCCCCCUUAACAUUGGAGGGGCUCACUUUACCACACGCCUGUCUACCCUGCGGCGCUAUGAAGACACCAUGCUGGCUGCCAUGUUCAGCGGGCGACAUUACAUCCCCACAGACUCCGAGGGCCGGUACUUCAUUGACCGAGAUGGCACACACUUCGGAGAUGUGCUGAACUUCCUGCGGUCGGGGGACCUGCCACCCCGGGAGCACGUGCGGGCGGUGCACAAAGAGGCCCAGUACUAUGCCAUCGGGCCCCUCUUGGAGCAGCUGGAGAACAUGCAGCCUCUGAAGGGCGAGAAGGUGCGCCAGGCCUUUCUGGGGCUCAUGCCCUAUUACAAAGACCAUUUGGAGCGGAUCGUGGAGAUUGCCCGGCUGCGCGCAGUCCAGCGCAAGGCCCGCUUUGCCAAGCUCAAAGUCUGUGUCUUCAAGGAAGAGAUGCCCAUCACCCCCUACGAGUGUCCGCUCCUCAACUCCCUGCGCUUUGAGCGGAGCGAGAGUGACGGACAGCUCUUUGAGCACCACUGUGAAGUGGACGUGUCUUUCGGGCCCUGGGAGGCAGUGGCUGACGUGUACGACCUGUUGCACUGUCUGGUCACGGACCUGUCAGCCCAGGGCCUCACAGUGGACCACCAGUGCAUCGGGGUGUGCGACAAGCACCUGGUCAACCACUACUACUGCAAACGCCCCAUCUAUGAGUUCAAAAUCACGUGGUGGUGAGCAGGCCUGCUAGGCAAGGGUCCCAUGAAGGAGGCUGUCCGUCCAUCCUCUGGGGUGGCUCCGGGAGUCUGAUCCCCAGAGGAGCUGCUGACUGUCCCAGAACCUGCCGAGGUGAGGACAGCGUGCUGAGGCACAGAUGCAGAGGCUCGGGGGCUGCUGCCGUCUGUCUCCCUGGCUCCGCCACCUCGGGGACUCAGUCUGCUCUCACCCGGUCUUUUCCUCGAGGCAUGGCGGCGGCGGCGGUCUUCACUGGAGGCCACGGGACCUAGUGAGGACGUCACUGGGAGUCCAGAGAGGUUCGAUACCUUCUUGACACUGUGCGGGAGCGCUUCUGCCCACGGCAGAGCCUUGUCACUGAAGGAGGUGUCGCCACUUUCUCACCCCGCCCCAACAUUCCUGUGCCCGGGGUGUUAGUCGGAAUAAGGAGUGGGGUAGGGGAUUUACCCAAGUAUCACCCUGUAGCCCUGGCCAAAGAAGAGAGAGUCCCUUCCCUCCCAGUGUGCUCCUUGCUCUUCCGGUGCCUGAAGCACCUUGUGUUAGAUGUGGAAAGAUACAUCCUGUGCUCCCAGAACAUGCCUGUCACCUUCUCUUUGAGAUUAACCACCGCUGCCAAAGCCAUGUACCAGUUGGGCCUUAGGAAAAAAAAAACAAAAACAAUGUUUACAGCCCUGCCCUGGGGCUUUGGCUUUACCUUCCUUGCAGAGUCAUCCUCUCACAGGACUGACGAUUCCCCAAGUCAGGCAGACACGGAGUCUAGAUCUCUUGACAUGUAGCAUCCCUCUCGGGGGGCCGAGAACACAGCCGGCUGCCAAGUCUUGUGUUAGGAUCCAAUGUGGUGGACCGCCGGAAGGGGCAGCCUCUUUCUUUGGUAUUGUUUCUCCAGGGUCGGGGCCGAGGAACGUAAGUCCUGGGUUGGAGGCGCAGCCAUCUUGGGGGCUGAAGGUGAUGGAAGUAGACUUAUGUGUUCUACUUCCUGUUUCAGAAAGAGAAAACAGCCCACAAGAAUUUCUUUCUCUUCAGUCAGGGUGCAACACGGAUCCCCUAAAGAGAGAGUCGUGUAGCUCUCCUCUGAGAGCAUUGCAUGUCCAGGCUGCACAGUGAGUAAUCAUGGGUGUCCUUGACCAUUCCUGGGUAGGAUUUUCUUUUUAAUUCAACGUUUUCUUUAAUGUAAGGAGUUGUUAAGGGCGGCACCACCAAUAUCAGUCCUGUAGGAUCAGAGUGGUCCAGUGAGGCACUCGGGGGUUAAGAGCAUCCAUGUGCUUCCGAGAACUAGAAGGCCAAGGCCUGGGCACUGAGCUAAAUUCCUGCACACAGGUGGAGGGCAGUGGCUUCCCCGGGCUCUGGCGGAAACACAUGGCUUUGAAUUUGUGCUUCACUCGGAGUGUAACAGAGGUAGAGACUGAGGUCCCAGAGGGAGAGAGUAGCAGUCAUCUUCCAGGACACCCGCUCUCUCUGUUCUCCUCAGCAAAUAAUAGCAUCUUCUGGGAUGCUGAUGCCCCUGCUUGGCGCUUAGCCCAACACCAUGGCUCUGGCCUUGUCGUAGCAAAGAAGUUCUUUAUUUAAAUAGAUUUUAUUUCUGUUUUUUGGACAGGGCCUCAUGUAGCCCAGGUUGGCCUCAGAUUAGCUGUAUAGCUAAGGAUGGCCUUAUAUUCUUGACCUUCCUGCCUCUACCCCCCUCCCCAGUGCUCUGGGGGUAUAGGCAUGUCCCACCACACCUGGCUCUGUUCCUUUCUUUUUUAAUAGCUAGUGACGCAUACUGUUGAGGAUGGUGUCCAUAUGAGUAGAGAGCCGACAGGUAAGCCUGGGGCUGUUAGGAACUGGGCCUGGGACUCUUUCCGUUCCUUCAAUGCUUGGAAAUUUAGAGCCCACAAAUAUAAGACAGAGAAAACUGCUCUGCUCAAAAACCAGGCCCAGGCUGCUUGCUUAAGGUCCCAAGGAUUCUGGGUAAGGACAUUGUGACUUGCUGGAGACACUUUUUCCGUCCCCUCUUUUAGUCUCAGGAUGACAUGUUCUGUGUCGUUGUGAGAAGAAUGCUCCAGGCCACUGGAACAGGCCGAGGAGGGACACUCUAUAACCAGCCCAGAGUCCCCUCCCCUCCCCCUCCCCUUUCAAUUCCUUUUUUGUCUUAAAUAGUUGACUUGAUGUUUGCAAUAUUAGGGCAGACCAUGUGAUGAAUCUUCUUGUGUGUGUGUGUGUGUGUGUGUGUGUGUGUGUGUGUGUGUGUGUGUAUGUGUGUUUUUUAAUAACAAAACCCUUUGCAUUUUUAAGCCAGUGACUUCUGUACUUUCUUGCAGCACAGAAACUUUUCUUUGUACUAAAAAAUAUAUUUAUUAUAAUCACAAUUCUUCCUUGACUAGUGAAAUAGAAAUAUGGAAUAUAAAAUAAAGCAAUAUAUAUUGGGAUCUGGGAUGUGGUUUCAUGAUAGAAUACCUACCUACUAUGCACAAGGCCCUGGGUUCCCUCCCCAGCACCACCAAAAAAAACCCACCAAAAACAAAAACCAGUAUCAUGUCAGAGUGUAUCUUUGCUGUAUGGGCCUCUACGCUCACUUUCUACUCACCUCUCUUGGGGCUUUUCUUAAAUGGAAUAAAAGAAUUCAUCAGCCUGUUUGGACCUCUCUAAUGAGAAGCUGAAACCAUUCUGAAAUGUGCUAUUGUAUGUGGCGGCUGAGGAUGGCUUCCAAAUAAAAGGGGUCAUGUCUGUGGAAAUUGUCUGUCUGUCUGAUCCCUUUCCAGUUGCAAUUGCACAGGCUGAGACCAAAAUACUUGUAAGGAAGGUUUGUCCUUGAUCUGCAGGAAGUACAUCCUUAACAUCCUUUGUGCGUCAUGUCAAUCAAUGGUUCUCAUCUGGUUGGGGUCAGACCACUCAUUGCUGAAUCAGCCCUAAGCAAGUGCCUGCCCUAGAGUUUCCCUCCUGCUUCACUUCGGGCAUCUUUUCUCCGGGGUAACAUGCUCACUGGUUGGGAAGAUGAAAGGUUUCAUGGCACCACAUGGUACAACUUCAGCCACAGCGGAAAGCAAUACAAUUAGAGUCACAGCCGAGAAGACUGAGGGAGAGCCACAUUGAAACAACAUCCCAAGGUGUGUGUGUGUGUGUGUGUGUGUGUGUGUGUGUGUGUGUGUGUUGGGGGAGGGGGGAGACUUCACUGUUAUCACGGUUACUGAUGUAAUAGAGGAACCAUCACCACCCGCAGCCUACCUCUGUGUGUUCUCCUGGCUGCCCAGUACUUCCUGCGUUGAAAGCCAACAGUCCUCAGGAACCUCCUAUUCUUUUCUCUCGGGCUUUAGGCUAAUUUCGAACCAACAGCCUGAGCUCUGUGUCCCAGGCUGAUCAAGUUCCGAGUGCUCCCUGGAGUACUAACACAUACCUCCAAUACAGAGCAAGCUGGGUGGCGGGGGAGGGGAUGGUUGUGCGAUGCUGGGCUGAGUCUUAAGACAAACAUCGCCCCAAACACUUUUCACACAAAGCAUUUUGGUCCUAGGAAGAAUCUCAAGUGUCCUGCAUAUUUUUAAACCGUGUUUGAUCGUAAUGUAAAUAGUUAAGCUCUCUUGGACUUCUGCACAUGCUGUUGCCUGGAGCGGAUGCCCAUCCCAUAACUCUUAAGGGAGCCUUCCCUUAUCUGAAGGUAGGAUGUUGGGAACUGGGAUGGGAGAGAGAUAUUUUUGGAAUUCUGGGGAAAAUAUAUAUGUACUGGGGAGAGUUAGAUUGGGAAUGUGGGAACAGAUUGGGCGUGGGAACAGGCACGUACUUCUGAGUGUGGGAGGUCAGCUGGGCCCAAUGUCUUCAUUUGCAUAAUUUUGGUCUUGUGUUCAAUAACAUCGCUAUCUGGGACUACUCUUGCAUAUAUAGCCUCAGUUCCCUUGGAUGACAUUAAAAUCAAGGACUACAA